AUGAUCGGCCUUGGCGCUGGCACUCCGUCAAAUCGCCUACGUCGUCAGACUAGCUACAAUAUUUAUGAUAAAGGUAAAAAAAAUGAUGGUAAUGCUUAUGACAGUUCUAAUGGAAGUAGCAGCAAAUACGAUAGCUUAUCGAGCGGUAACAGUGGCAGCAAUUACGGUAGCUCAGCGAGUGCUAGUAGUUAUGACAGUGGCAAUAGUGAUGGUGGUUAUGGAUACGGUGCUGGAGGAACAAAUUAUGGUGACGUACCACCAGCCAUAGUCAAUGAACGAUAUAACAAUCCAUACAGUAUGAACCCACAAGAAGUGAUCCCCAGCAAAACGAAUUAUAAUGAAGAACGAAGCAUUGAGGCCGAAAUUCAUCCAAAAGGUUUCGCCCCAAGUAGUGAACCAACAGCGGAUGUUGGCGAUUACAUUUAUAGGAAAACACCUAGUACCGGUAUUUUUGUCUCACCAACCCGUUAUAGUGACUCAAACGGUCAAUCCAGGCAACAGUUUCGUCCAGUCAGCGGUUCUUUCAUACCUCCAGGUUUCCAAAAAAAUGGGUGGUGCAUGUGCAGUUUGGAAAAUACUUGUCCACCGGGUUCGCCGGGACCGAAAGGUGAAAAAGGUGUUGAUGGCGAAAAUGGGAUUCCUGGUAAAGAUGGUAUAGAUGGAAUUGAUGCAGAUGAUAUUCAGCAAGAAAGUCCAUCUGGAUGUUUCAACUGUCCAGAAGGUCCACCUGGUCCUCCAGGACCUCUUGGUCGGCCAGGUAUCCGAGGUCAACGUGGACCGAAAGGUGCACCAGGUUUUCCGGGACGUGAUGGAAACCCAGGACCACCGGGAGAUAUUGGUCCACCAGGACCGCCAGGAUUGGAUGGUAAACCCGGAGAACCAGGAGAAAAGGGCGCUGAUGCCGAAAAAGUUGUUGGACGAAAAGGCAAUCGUGGUCCACCAGGUGACCAGGGCCCUGAAGGACCACCUGGCGAUAAGGGCAAGGAUGCAUCACCGGGGGAACCAGGUCCUGAGGGGCCCGCAGGACAACCUGGCUUUCAAGGGCCACAAGGAAGUGAUGGUGACGAAGGUCCAGAAGGUCCAUCUGGAAAUCCUGGCAAAGAUGCUGAGUACUGUCCAUGUCCGGCACGUGGACAUAAUGCUGCUCAUCGGUUACAUGGUUCCAAAGGAAAUGAUGAUAACGAAAGCAAAACAGACGACGUACAAUUUAAGAGCGAUGAAGAAAGUGGACAAUUCGGAAAAACUGAUUUCGAAAAUCCUAACGAUAGUGAUAAAGAUUAUAAAUCACGACGCACGCUGCUUUGA